AUGUCGAAAAGGCACGCAGAGCUCCCUUUGGAACAGGACUUUUCAGGCUCGCCCGCCUCAAAAAAGGCCCGCGUCGAGGACCAGAUGGAGGCUGAUUCUCCGAAUGGCGCAGGACUAGCAAGCAGCGAGCUCGAACAGAAUGGUCGCAAUGGAGCGGAUAUCGAGGGAGCUGCGCAGCUAGAAAGAGAGGAGCUGGAGGAAGGCGAAAAGGACCCUUCUAGUCUUUCAGAUUUCGACGAAGAUGCGCCUGCGCUUACUGCACCGAAACGACAGAGCGCUCCCAUGGAAGGAUAUGGCGACCUCUACCUGGACACAAUCAACCGCGAGAUUCUCGAUUUCGAUUUCGAGAAGCUAUGCUCUGUUAGCCUGUCAAACAUCAAUGUGUACGCCUGUCUCGUCUGCGGCAAAUACUUCCAAGGCCGCGGUCCCAAAUCACACGCAUAUUUCCAUGCACUCGAAGUUGGACACCACGUCUUUAUCAAUAUCGGCACAAGGAAAGUCUAUGUGCUGCCAGAGGGAUACGAGGUUAAGAAUAAGAGCCUGGACGACAUCAAAUAUGUGGUGGAUCCCCACUACACAAAGAGCGAGGUAGUCAAGCUUGAUAGAGAAGUCCAUGAUGCUUGGGAUCUCUCUGGAGCUCGCUACAGACCAGGAUUUGUCGGCAUGAACAACAUUAAAGCAAACGACUACGUCAAUGUAGUAGCCCAAUUGAUGGCACACGUUCUACCAAUUCGCAACUUCUUCCUCCUCCACGAAUUCCCCACACCUGGCACACCGGAAAUGGUCCUCCGUUUCAGGACUCUUGUGCGCAAGCUAUGGAAUCCGAAAGCAUUCCGGUCACAUGUCUCUCCGCACGAGUUGCUGCAAGAAAUCGCCUUGCGAUCCUCGAAGCGGUUCACUCUCACAAACCAGUCAGACCCGGUGGAAUUUCUCUCCUGGUUCUUAAAUGCCCUUCAUCUUUCUCUGGGUGGAUCUAAAAAGCCUUCACCAACACCUACAAGUGUCGUUCACGCAGCGUUCCAGGGCCAUCUCCGAAUUGAAAGCCAAGCUAUCACCGCCCACUCCGAUACCCAGAAUGCCCGGUUGGUAUUCACCGAAUCUGGCACCAUCAAUAGCCAGGUCACACCUUUCCUAAUCUUGACAUUGGAUCUGCCCCCUACACCUCUUUUCCAGUCGGCCAAUCGGGAGUCCAUCAUCCCCCAGAUUCCCCUGACCACCCUCUUGAACAAAUAUAACGGCUACACGGCAUCAGAGAAACAGGCCCACCGUGUCCGACACCGUCUUCUUCAUCCUCUCCCACCAUACCUCUACUUCCAUAUCAAGCGUUUCAGCAAGAACCGUUUCGUCUCCGAGCGCAACCCAACCAUUGUCACUUUCCCGUCUCCCCGCUCUCUGGAUAUGUCACCAUAUGUCGAGCCCAACCCCGAUAUUUGGUCACCAGGCGAGCCAAUUCUCUACGACCUCGUGGCAAACAUCAUCCUUGACCCAGCUGUAGCCGCACCUGGUGCAACCGAUGACGCCGUAGACAAGGGCGUUAAUGCGGCAUCAGGUGCCGGGGGUUCCAGCGGUGCCGGCGGCGGCAGCGAAAAGGUAUCGUGGAUGGUCCAGCUCCACGACAAGGCUAUGUCAGCCGAGAACGCUCGUAUUCAGAAGGCCGGUGCUACGGAGAAGCAGCAGCGCGGACCGGAGUGGCUCGAGAUCCAAGAUCUGUUUGUGAAGCCUGCGGAGAGCGAGACGCUCUUUACUCGCGAGGGUUACCUAAUGGUCUGGGAGCGACGCAAGGUCCCUGGUCAGAAGGGAAGGGGCCGAGCAUAA